AAAAAUUACGAGGAUCUUCCCCAAUAAUUGCUACUCUCCUCCUUGAACUUUUAUAAGUAGAAAUCAAAAAUCGCAUCCCCUUCUUCCCCCAAUAUGGUAUAUUGGUAAUCUAAUCUAUUCUCCUUGAAAAAAGAUUCUACUCCUCUCACUCUUUCUCUCUCUGUCUGCUGUAUGGGAAUGGGAAGUGAGUACCUUUUUUCUCUCCCACAAUAAUCUUGCAUGUUCUGUUGUACAGCCAAUCGCACCACCGCCCUUUCCUCUUCUGACCUCGUCCUUUUUCCACCUCAAUUCUAGGGUUUCUCUCUCUCUCUCUCUCUCUCUCUUAGUAUGAUUCUUAUGUCUAUUCUCUUGAUCACUGUGCUCGCCGAUCUCUCUCUUUCAAAUCACAACUAGCCUCCCCUGUUGUUAUUCCAAAUCCCAUGUAAAUUCAUUUUGAUUCUCUCUCUCUCUCUCUCUCUCUCUUUUCUUUAAAAAUCUAGGGUUUUGAUAGGGUUUUUCUCGAAAGAUCAGGCCAAGUGUUCAUUUGAUACUUCGCUGAUUCCUUUGUUUGUUGGGGCGAAUCUAAAUUUAUUCUUUUUGUUAGCAUACAAGCAAGCAAAAAAAAAAAAAAAAAGUCUCAAUAUUCAUGGCGCACCAGCCGCCGAUUCCAGGUCCGAGUUCAGGAUCAGGAUCGAGUUCGAGUUCAGGGUUCCAAUUCUUGAAUUCCCCUUUUGGAGACACCACUUACACCAAGGUCUUCGUCGGAGGCCUCGCUUGGGAGACUCAGAGCGAUACCCUUCACCGCUACUUCGACCAGUUCGGUGAGAUCCUCGAGGCCGUCGUUAUCACCGAUAAGAACACCGGCCGAUCCAAAGGCUACGGUUUUGUGACUUUCCGUGACCCUGAGUCUGCAAGAAGGGCCUGUGCUGAUCCAACUCCAAUUAUUGAUGGCAGGCGAGCAAAUUGUAAUUUGGCUUCGCUCGGACGCCCUGGGCCUUCUCUGCCUUUUGGACGUCUUAGAUCACCGACACCUUAUAUUGGAAGUGUCCCAGCUGCCCGCGGGGCUUACGUUGGAACUUUUGGCCACCAGCAACCAGUUUCUUUCGGCUACCAACAAGGAUAUUUGUAUCCUCCAUAUGGGUAUACAGCAUAUGGUCCUGAAUACGUCUACCCGCAGGGUGUUUACAACCCAUAUGUGGGGCAACAGUACCUUCAUUUAUAUGGUGUACCUGGAACAGUUAACCCAGCUAUGUACCCUUAUAGCCAAUUGGGUCAGACUAUUCCUGGUGGUCAAGGUUAUAAUACGAUGCAGGGCUAUACAAUGCCAGGUCAUCAGAUUGUGCAAUUUGGUGGGCCCAGUGUCAAUGCAAUAACAACUUCGCCUAUUCCCACAAUUCAUGCACAAUAUCCUACAGGUAUGGCUGCACCUGUUCCAGUCCAACCACAGUUUAUAGUUCCUGCUCAUUCUCCUCAGUUCAUGCAAGGUAGCGGUUCUGACCAAACAGCAGGGUGAGGGUUUAAUCAAGGUAUCCUUAGAUUGCAGCAGGACUAAGAGCAUCGGUACUGCUACUUGAGUGGCGGGAGUUGAAUCUAGCCUUGCAAAUUAUCAUUUCGCAUUCUAGAGGUUAUACAUAGUCAUCAUGCUCACCAGAGAAGUCAUUUUUAUGUCUGAGUCGCUCUGCUCCAGAUGGUGGAGAAGGGAACAUAGGAAGAUGCGGACUGCUGUUCUUCCUUCACUGUUGUGCAUCUAAAUCCCUUGUGUAACUGCCAGUGCUUCAAAUGACUGGUAGGAAGAGUUGGUCAUUGGAUUGAUGGGUAUGCUGGAAUGGGUUUCUGGCUACCAUUAUAGCCAUUUACAGGAACAAUAAACUCUGUAAACAUCUUGUUAUUAGAAUCAAAAUAUGAUUCUUUUCUCAUAGUCCUGUCCCAGCAUUUUGGGCAUGUAGAUAUUCUCUGGUGUCUGUUGUUGAGUCCAUCCUGCAUUGUAUUUAAAUGUCAGUUCAUUCCUUCCGAGUCAGUCUUGUGCAUAGCAGUAGUUGGGGUUUCAUUUGGAAAGUGGAAACUCAAUUAUGUAAUCUGAAUUAUUUUGAGAGCCUGACCUCAAAGCAUGGGUGAAGCUCCAGCUCUUAUCUAUAAUACAAAGAUCUUCUUUUCUGUGUGUAAA